UUUGUGUUUCCGGGUCCCGGAAGAUGCUACGACCUCCGUCUCAUUGUUUGCAUUUUAGCUCGUGUUGAGGACGGCGGAGUAACAGGCGCCAGUGUUUGGUGUCCUUCCAGAGAGAAACAUCCCAAACUGCUGCAUGAGGUUUUAAAACCUGAAACGGAGCUACAAAGAGCAGCUCGGGGAGAAGUUGAGGAGAGACACUUCGACAUGGACUCUGAGAGGAAACUGUCAGCUGGCCAGCGGAGAGGUUGGCCAAAUCCUCUGGGCGGGCAAAGCAGAGAAAGGGGAGAUGUCCAGAAAGUGAUUGUUGGUGAAGAACAUCAGCAGGAGUGGAGCUCCAGUCUGGACCAGGAGGACACAAAGCCCCCACACAUUAAAGAGGAACAGGAGGAACUCUGGACCAGUCAGGACAGAGAGCAGCUUCAAGGGCCCGAGGAGGCUGAUAUCAGCAAGUUCACAUUCACUCCUGUCCCUGUGAAGAGUGAAGAUGACGAAGAGAAACCUCAGAUCUUGCAGCUUCAUCAAGGACAAACUGAAGAGAUGAAAACAGAAGCUGAUGGAGAGGACUGUGGAGGACCAGAACAAGCCAUGAAAUCAGAUCCAUAUACACUUUUACAACUGCCUAGCAGUGAUGCCACCUCACAAUGUUACAUACAAGAAACUAAAGUGGCUGAUGACUGGAAUGAGACCACAGAACCUCAGACAAGUUUGAACUCCUUGAAUAAUGCUGAAGUCCCGGUAAGUCGUGUGACUUGUAUUGCUGGUGAAAAACUGUCAAGCAGCCCUGAGUGUUGGGAACAAUUUGCCUGCAAGACUCUUCUGAAGAAACACACGAUCGCCGAAAAGAUUCUGUUUAGCUGCAGCAUUUGUGACCAAAGAUUCACCUGGUAUAAACAGCUCAGGAACCAUCAGUGUGUUGGUCGUCAGAUUCAAACUGAGGAGAACAGAGAGGCAGAGCCUCCAGCCAGCAGCUCAACUGAACAGAUUAAAACAGAAGGUAAUGGAGAGGACUGUGGGGGACCAGAACCAGACAUGAACUUUUCUGAUCCAGAGACUGAUGACAGUUAUGAUUGGAAGGAUACCAGAGAACCUCCGUCAGGUUUAAACUCUCUGAAUAAUGAUGAAGUCCCUGUCGGUGAUUCCAGAUGUAGUGCUGGUGAGAAUCAAAGUAGCUGCUCUGAGUGUGGGAAAAGAUGUGGCACCACUGGAAAUCUGAAGAGACACAUGAUAUCUCAUACAGGAGAGAAACCAUUUUGCUGCUCAGUCUGUAGUAAAUAUUUUGCAAGGAGACGACAUUUACAGACACACAUGAAAAUCCACACAAGAGAGAAAUUCUUAAGCUGCUCGGUCUGUGAGAAAGCCUUUACAGUGAGCGGAAAUUUACUUAAACACAUGAGAAUCCACACAGGAGAAAAACCAUUUAACUGCUCAGUCUGUAUGAAGGCUUUUACAGAGAGUGGAAGUUUACAUAAGCACAUGGCAAUCCACACAGGAAGCAGACCAUUUAGCUGCUCAGUCUGUAAGAAAGCCUUUUCAGUCAGUGGAAAUUUUCAUAGACACAUGAGAACCCACACAGGGGAGAAACCAUUUAGCUGCUCAGUCUGUAAGAAAGCUUUUACAGUGAGAGGAAGCUUAAAGACACACAUGAGAACGCACACAGGAGAGAAACCAUUUAGCUGCUCAGUCUGUAAGAAAGCUUUUACGGUGAGCGGCUAUUUACAGGCACACAUGAGAAUCCACACAGGAGAGAAACCUUUUAGCUGCUCCGUCUGUAAGAAAGCUUUUACAGGCAAUGGAAGUUUACAGAAACACAUGACAGUCCACACAGGAGAGAAACCAUUUAGCUGCUCCGUCUGUAAGAAAGCUUUUUCAGUGAGUGGAAGUUUACUUAGACACAUGAGAACCCAACACGUGAGAAACCAUUUAGCCAUGUAAGGUGGACAGUUAGUUUAGAAGGAGAGCAGAUAACCUCAGUCAGGUUUGAAAACUGAAAAUGAUUGAAUACUUUAAAAGUGAUAUGAGAUGUAAUAUAAAGUGGGUCUUUAGAAAUGCUUAACAAGUCUAAAAUCCUGUAGUUAAUAAGUUAGGCUUUAAAAUGUCUUAAAUGUUAUUCUGACAGGUCUUUAAAAUUUGAUUGUAUUAUGAAGUUGAGAUCCAUGGAACUCCAAAGAUAAACUUGUUCAUUUUUGCAACUAAAAAUGGACUUGAAAUGAAACAAACAGCCCAUCCAUGCAACCCCAGCCCUCUUCAAAAUGGCAGCCGUUUCCCAGCAGACUCUCCAGUCUCCACACCAGACUGUCAUGUACCGUUACCUCACCAUCCCUAUAAAGGCAACAACUACCAUUGUUCUUUCCUCUUCUCCAUUCCUUCGCUCCAAAAUGACACAAGUGCCUGCUUAGAGUGAACAAGUUAGAAUCACAGACUGGGUGGG